CGCCUCCGCAACUGCAUAGUCAGACUUGCACAUUGUCUACUGCUUUGCUCAGAUUUCUGUUUGCUCUGUCUGUGAAGCUUCUCACGCACCGUUUUGCGCGUUUAGAGCAAUGGCGGACGCGAAAUGGGCAUACCGCGAACCACAGCCGGUCACAGGGCAUGAGAAAGAAAUCAAAUCAAAGCGUCGAACGCAGCUCAAGAACGCUAUUAGUGGGGCGGGUUCCGGAGAUGCAGGAGCAUCCACAGGUGUUGGAUCCGCUCGGCGAGGAGGGUCCAGUGCACUGCGUGGUGGGGACCAAAACAUGGACGACGGCCCGGGCUCUCGCAGAUAUGAUAUUCUGAAUCGCCGAGGAAGGCCCGCCGAUGCUUCGAUUCGGAUGCCCGUGGAAAAUACACAGCACGUCCAGGCAAUCCAGGACUUCGUGCGAAGAAAGUACAAUCCCGCGGCACAGUUCCUUGCUUUCGAUGAUAUACUAGGCGACCAAGUAUUGCGAGCAAGCGGUAUGACGAAGUGGAGUUCAGUUAACGGACAGGAUAAGCUCGCAGAUGCGCUCUGGAAAGCAGCUGGAGAACUCGAUCCCCCAGUACAGACAAUCAGUGCUGCAAGAAACAAUAUGGGAAAAGCACAAGUACAUCGAAUAGCUCAGUUUCUCCCUGAGCUCCGGAAUCUCUCAUUAAAGGACAACGAGCUCAAUAGUCUCGGUGACAUAUCGUCCUUCUUCACCCGAAAUCGUGUCGGCGGUCUCCGCCAUUUGAAAGAGAUAUGGCUAGCUGGAAACCAUUUGCGCGAAGUUUACGAACAGCACAAAGACCUCGACCAAUAUUACUACACUGUGGCCAAUGCCAUACGGUCCCUUAAGGUCGUCGAUGGUCAGCCCAUCCCAGGGGCUACAUGGGAUAUACAGGAGAACACACAAAUUGGGCGAAGAGCUUGGCCUGAUGGGCAGGCCUAUCCCAUCAGUUACCCUCUGCCAAUGGCUUCAAGCUCAGUAGACGAGCACCUACGUGACAUGAUUGGAGGUAUUCUUUCUCAAUUCUUCGCCUUUUACGAUAACGACCGUGAGCGCUUAAUCAACGCAUAUCAUCCCAGCGCAACCUUUUCAUUCACCGCCCUCCCUUCCCUUCCUCCACGACAAAUAGCCAUCCGGUAUCAGCCAGAAAAGGGCACGGCCGCCAGUCCCCCUUUACUGAGAAACAUGCAAACCACUAUUAGGUCUCGUGACCUUAGGUUCGCUACUGGCGCACAGCAGCGUGCAGCGGGUCUUCAUGUCGGACAUGUUAGCAUAUUACAGCUAUUUAACGACUUGCCGCCGAGUCAACAUCCCCUGCAAGAUGGCAGUAAAUUCGUAUUUGAUGCGACCCUGUUGCCGGAUAUGGGGACCGGCGACAUGCUUGAGGUGUCUGUCCAUGGCGAAUUCACCGAACCCCACACAGAUGUUGUAUUCUCUUUCACCCGCGCCUUUGUCUUCGUCACCGCCCCUCCUGGAUCUAGUGCGGAAAAGAUUGGGAUGAACGUUCUUGUCAUGUCUGAUAUGCUUAUGAUUCGUCGGACAACGUCCUCCUCCAUCUGGACUCCAGGGCCAAUGAUUACCCAAGAGGAGGAGUGGAUGCGAAAACCAUGGUCUCGUGGUCUUCCAGCUCCCCCUCGUGGAAACACCGCACCACCAGCUGCGACUAUUACGACUAUUCCCUCCCAACCUGCCGCCAACCCAUUCCAGGCUGUUCCGUCUUCUAAUGCUUUCGGAAUGCCUGCGCCACCCGCCACAUUCCAGCAGCAACCCGCCUUCCAACAACCUCAACUAAUGUCAACUGGAUUUGCUGUGUCCCAGCCCCAGCAACCUCCGCAGCAGAUACCAUUACCCCCUGGACAGCAGCCACCCACAGCAGGGCCCACGUUAAAUGGUCCUGCUGAAGUCCCACCGGAAAUGGCAUCCCUGACGCCCGGUCAGCGAGAAUUGGCGACGACCUUCUCAAACGUCACAGGGCUUGUUAUACCUGCUACAUUAUCUGUCCUCAGUGAGAACGCUUGGGACGGGGAUGCGGCCUAUGCCAAACUGCUAGAGGUUAAGACUGCCAUUCCAGCUGAAUGGUGGAUCGGAGGCCAAUCAAAGAUUUAAUGAGAUGACUUUCUCAUUUCGGUUUGAGUGGUGUCGUUGCCUCUCCACACUCUCUCUUGUUACGUUGCAUUCAUGCCAAUUCUUGUUGUCAAGGGCAUCAAAACGUUUCUUAUUUCGUCAUGAUUCAUAGCUGUUUGCCCACCCGCUGUAUUUAUGUCGUAGUCUGUGCUGG